CCGAUCGAACCCAAGAGAGCAACCAACCAACCCGAACAGACGAGUCGCCUUCUUCCUCCUCCUCGGCCCAGCGCGCGGCGGCGGCGGCAUGGCGGCGGGCGGCGACCUGACCGAGGACGAGCGCAAAGCGCUGCGGGGGAGCAAGUUCGCGCCCCUCCCGGCGCCACCGCCGUCCUCCCGCCCCAACCCGAGGAUGGCCCAUCCUGGAGGACCACUAACUACAAAUAAGGCUGCUGCUUUAGCGAAAUUCCUCGAGAGAAAACUACAGCAACCUGAUGGCUUGGACUCUCUAAAUCCCGAUCUUGUAAAUUUGGCCGUGAAAAAUGCAAAGGAAACCAUAAAGGCAAGCAAGGGUGAGGCCUCAACUUCUGGGAGAGUAGUACGGCAUGUUCCAUCAUUUGAGGACUCCUCUGAGGUUUCCAAUCAAGAUGACGGGGAGCAGAGACAGGAAAAGAAGAAAAAGAAAAAGAAAAAGAAAAAGAGAAAAACAAAGUGUUGCUCCUUGGAUGGUGCCAUAUGAAACGGUUCCUUAUCGAUGCCGCUAAAGAUUCCGAGCUCCACAAUACAUCAAAGAAGAAAAAGAAGUUAUCGCUAUGACUCUUGAAUAUCCAUGGGACCAUGGAGUUAAAAGAAGGCUGCCGUCCACACUUUUGCACUUCUUAGAACUCUUGCUUUCAUCUGAACCUCAAUCAACACUGUAAAGUGUAAACCUAGCAGUGGCAUCAAGGUGACCCGUCACAGUGAACAAAACACUUGACAACCCAGAGUGCAAAACUGAAUGUAGUUGGUUCUUGUUUUUGAGGGCGAAUGUAGUUGGUUCUGGUCUAACGGUCCCUAUACCAUUAGAGUUGCUUGGAAACAUCUAUGUAUUCUGCACUUUAUUACUGCUGUUGAAUGCUGUUCUGAGUUUGUGAUGAUGCAGCUCGCCACUGAUCUGCUUGAGGUGUU